GCUCAAACACAGGGCCUGGCACUCGCUGCCGCGGGGGGUGGGGCGAUGCAGCAGGGCGGUGGGGCCAUGCAGCAGGUGGCGUCCGUAGCGGCGCCGCCCACCCAGCAUACCCUGACCAGGCCGCAGACACAGCCGCCGAGCAUCGGGCAGGUCACAGUGCUGGAGGGUUCCCGGAGGCUACUGGCGCAACAGGCAGUCCCGUCGGCAGCUCGCCCGUCGCAGGCCGCGCAGCUGGUCCAGACGGUCCAGACGGUCCAGACGGUCCCUUCGUUGUCGAUGCACAUCGCACCAGCGAGGCCACCGGCGGCCGCGGGCGGCGUGCCCACGCGGUCCUACGUCCCGCCCGCGCAGGUGCAGGCGGCGGCAUUCGGGCCGCUGGGCUCGCAGGUUGUGCUGCUGCCCCCUGGAUCCACGAACUCGCUCGGCACCGUGCAGGCGAUCCCGAGCCACAGCGUCCAGGCGUUGCCGCCGCAGUUGGCCUUCCCUGUGGGCGCCCAGCCAUUGAGGUCGCUGGGGAACCUGGCGCGGAAGCAAGUGCCGGUCGCCGUGGAGGUUGUGGUGGGCGACGCACCCGGGCAGUCUGCGCAGCUGCUCCCCCAGGUGUACGUCCCGCCGUACUGCCCGCACCGGGUGGCCACCAUCCCGAACGUAGAGCACCUGACCCCGGACGCGGUGCGCAGCCUCCUGAGCGAGGAGAAGUGCCUCCUCGUCGACCUCCGGGGCGAGGACCGGAUCGCCGGCCUCAUCGAGGGCGCGCUGCACGUGCCCGCCGCCGGCGUCGGUGGCUUCCUGGGGCGGUGCCCGGAGCUCGUGGAGCAGUGGGCGGAGCCAGCCCGCCCGCUGCCUGCCAUGGGGGUGUCCCGCCCCAGUUGCCACUCUGCUCCUGCCCCUGGCGCACUCCGCGCCUGGCUCCCCGGCCACUGCAGCUCCACUGCCCCUGCCCGCUCCCCGGGCUUCUCCUCCCCUUGCC